UAGCGAUGGCAUAGAAGAAAUUCAGAUGGCCGCUAGGGUUUGUUCUACGAGGGUACUUGCGCCAUGGGGGAUGCUGCAGCGUCGAAUUCCUGUGGCAAAAUUUGCCGCAUUCCCAACACCCCAAAUAGGUGAGGGUGAUGGUGAUGUCGAGAGCAAUUCCGCGGCGACGAGCAUCGCUUAUCUGAGAAUGAGCGAGAGGGAUUUAGUGGCACAGUGCAAAAUGGAUACAUUUCGAGCAACAGGCCCCGGCGGCCAGCAUCGCAACAAGACGGAGAGCGCAGUAAGGCUCAAACACCUCCCGACUGGCCUGGUUUCUCAGGCUAGUGAGGAUCGUUCGCAGCAUAGGAAUCGCGACUCCGCUGUGCAGCGUCUCAGGCACACGAUCGCAAUCAAACUGAGAAACCCCGUGAACUUGGAGGGGUACGUGGUAGCGCCGGAGCUCGCCCAGAUUCUUCCUUUGAAAGAGACGAGGAAGUCUUCCAGGCAACUGGGUCCUAAUCAUCCAGACUAUCUCUUGGGAUUGCAGCUUCUUCUGGACUUGAUCGAUUCCGUGGGUGGCUCGGUGUCAAUCGCCGCAGAAAAACUCGGGCUCAGCACGGGAUUACUCUCGAAAGUUAUUACCUCGGACAACUCGCUGCUCGUCGCUGUGAACGAGAUUCGAGCGUCACGGGGGUUAAAACCGCUUAGAGCUUAAACGCGAAUAUCCAGGAGAAUGUUCUCAUGGAGGUUGCAAGUUCGACACCCGCGGGGGCCAUAUAUUUAUUUGUAAACUUUCCUUUUCGAUGAACUGUCGCCGUAACAUUUCCUAUUCGUCA